AUGUGGUAUGCACAGCAGGACCUCACUGCACUGAGGAUGGUGGUAUCUCGAAGUCAGGAUGUUUCGCCGCUCAUGGGAGCUUUCAUUACCGCGUACGUGGCCUUCUCGGUCUUGGCGAUGAUGAACGUGAUCACAGGCAUUUUCGUGGAAAAUGCGGCCACCUUCUCCAAGGAAGACAAAGACCACUAUGUUGUGAGCCACGUGCUCAACCUCUUUCGCAAGAGCAACCUCAACGAGAAAGACGAGCUCUCCCUAGUUGAGUUCCAGCGCAUGCUGGAGACCAAAGAGCUGCGAGAGCUCUUUCAGGCGGUGGAUGUGGACGUCAACGAUGCAGAAAGCCUGUUCAGGCUCCUGGACAUUGACGAGACGGGCACACUGUCACCACAGGAACUGGUCGAUGGCUGGAUUCGCCUCCGUGGGCCAGCAAAGGCCCUGGACCUGGCUGUGCUCAUGUCCGACAACAACCGCAUGGAUGCCAAGGUCGACUGGAUUUGUGAGUUGGUGAGCAACAUGGGCUGCAACGGCUUGGAAAGCAGCGCGACGGUGGGCGGCCAGAAGCCUCGCCGGCAGCCUCUUUCCUCAAGAAGGAUCCUCAUGUUGCCCUCUUGA